UCUCAUCUGAUGUCAGAAGUCGAGUCGCGCGCCCACCACAUGAAGCGCAAGCCACGGCAGGAAAUCUCAGCCUGUCUCAAGUGGAUCAUCUUCUUGACGAAUUUUCUGGUCUUUUUAUGCGGCGUUGGAAUAUUUGUUCUCGGUGUGUACUUAUUCGUCAAGGACUUUGGUGAAAUCAAACUGCUCGAUGUUUUCCUCAAUCCUGCGAUUCUGCUCGCCUUAAUAGGAUGCUGCAUAAGCAUUGUGUCUUUGAUUGGUUCACUUGGUGCCUUACGAGAUAACAUCUUUUUAUUAAAAGUGUUUGCAAUAUGUGUGUUCUUCUGCUAUCUAGCAAUUGUGCUAACAACAUUCGGACUUUUUGUGCUGUUCUAUUCUGACACUACAGAAGGCUUAUCCGCUCAUGGCGUAUUAGUAUAUGCGAUUAAGAAUUAUCACACGAAUCGUAACCUUGCUGAAAUCGUCGACUCUCUGCAGGAAAAUCUGGAAUGUUGUGGCGUAUCGUCUGCCGCUCAGGGUUAUCGAGAUUGGAAUCUCAGUUAUCAGUUCAACUGUACGAUAGCUAAUCCGCAACCGGAGAAAUGCGGUGUUCCAUUCUCUUGUUGUCGGAAAUCUGUCAUUUCUGAAGCGGCUGGUUUAUCGAAUCCGUUGCUGCCUGCCAUGCGAUCAUUGGAAUGUUGGCAGAAUACGUUGAACAAACGACCUCAGGAUCUCGAGCACGAUAUCUACACUCGUGGAUGCCUUCAACCACUUCGAGCUGUUUUUGAGUCACAUGCCAUUCAUAUUGGCUUAGCUGUAACCAUAGUCAUCAUUCCUGUUUGCAUUUCGAUUUGCCUAACAAAUGUGCUGGCGAGACAAAUCGACCAUCAACGACAUCUUCUUGAACGAGAAGCUCGUCGUAAUGAGAGGCGAAGGAAGCGAGAACGCCAUCGGCAUCAGGUUGACGCUGCAACAAUAGACCGGCUAGAAGAUGGAAAGCUAUCGAAUCAUUCAAGUCGUGCGAAUAUUGCAUCAUCCAUUCCCCGACAGAUCUAUACUUCUUAA